UAUAUAGUAAAGGAGUAUAUAAGAAGUGUGAUAUAGUGUGUGUGUGUCAGUAGCCAUGAUGAUAGUGUCAAGUGUGGUUGUUGUCUCCUUCCUCCUGGUCAUCACUGUGGCACAAGACACUCCUACUCCUCUCGUAAUAUGGCAUGGCAUGGGUGACACAUGUUGUUUCUCCUUUAGCAUGGGACGUAUCAAGACGUUGGUGGAAGAGCGCAUCCCUGGCAUUUAUGUGCAGUCAAUCAUGAUUGGCAAUAAUAUCAUUGCUGAUGAAGAGCAUAGUUAUUUUGGGAAUGUAAAUGAGCAAGUGGAUGAGGUAUGCAAGAAACUGGCCAAUGAUACACAGCUUCAAGGUGGAUACCAUGCUAUGGGAUUUUCACAAGGUGGCCAGUUCCUCCGAGCAGUUGCAGAACGCUGUCCUGAACCAGCCGUACGUAACCUUAUCACAUUUGGUAGCCAACAUCAAGGUGUGUUUGGCCUCCCUUACUGUUCUUCGGAUGACCUACUCUGUGAGGAAGUACGACGCUUGCUCAACAUGGGAGCUUAUAUUGAGCGUGCAGUGGCAGAGCGCUGUCCAGAUCCCCCCAUGAAGAAUUUAAUAAGUUUUGGAGGACAACAUCAGGGUAUAUUUGGCUUGCCAACAUGUCCUGAGAACCCAGAGAAGUCCCGGACUUGUGAAUACAUUCGCAAGGUGCUGAAUUAUGGAUCUUAUUUACACUGGAUCCAAACCUCGCUCGUGCAGGCCCAGUUUUGGCACGACCCUCUUCACGAUGAUGAAUACCGUAACAAAUCCAUUUUCUUGGCUGACAUCAACAAUGAGAGGGUAUUGAAUGAGUAUUACCGUGACAACCUGAAGAAACUGGACAACUUUGUGAUGGUGAAAUUCCUAGCUGACACUAUGGUGGUACCAGUGGAGAGUGAGUGGUUUGGCUUCUACACUCCAGGCCAAGAUGAACAAGUCUUACCAUUGCAACAAACUCAACUGUAUUUGGAGGACCGUUUGGGAUUAAAAGAGAUGGAUGAGGCUGGCAAACUGCAUUUUCUCACACAAGAUGGUAAUCACCUUCAGUUUACUGAGGAAUGGUUCCUGGAGGAGAUAGUUGACAAGUUUGUAACCUAAAAUAAGAGGAUAUUUUGAAGUCCAUGACUAAAAUGAAUCAUAACAAGCAUGCUUCUGUUAUAGGCUGAAGUUGGAAUAUACUAAUAAAUUUUUAUAAAAGCACCAUUUAGUAAUUAUUUAGUCUUUCAAAGCAUUAAAUAUUAUUAUCUUUUUGUUUUAGAAUUUAAAUAUUAACUUUUUUUCUCAUAUCAAAAUAAAUUUUGGAGUGAGAUUAAUAAGUUGAGAGAGCCUAGGGAACGAAUAGAUUUAGCAGUUACAAACAAAAGAGGGGAGAUGUUAAAUGGAGGUGGAGGUACUGAGAUGGUAGUAAUAUUUUGAGCAUUUAAAUGUUGUAGAAAGGGAGGCAGUAAUUUCAUGCAUUGGUCAGGGAAUAAACAUUUUGUUUGGAAGAGCCAGAUAAAAGUGUGGGGGGGAGGCAUGAGAGGUAGCUGGGAUAGAAGGGAUCAAAGCAGAAAUGUUGCAAGCAGGUGGGGAUAUAGCUUUGGAGUGGUUGGUGUAUUUCUGGGUACCAACCAGUAUUUAUAUUCCAGUAGGAUACUAAGCUUCCUUUUGGCUUUUUUCUUUUUUCUCUCUGUAUCCUCAGAGGUCCCAUGCUCUGAAAAUAAUUUACAUUACAUUGGUUUAAAGAAAAUGCAUCUUUUAAGGUAAUCAUUUUUAUUUAAUUUUAUUAGUUAAUUUUAAAAUUAUGUUUUGUCUAAUAGUAUAUCUGAUAUCAGCUCUAUUGAAAGGAAUUAUAAAUAGUAUAUCCCUUGGCAUAAUUAGGUUGUUACUGUUGUACUGCACUGAACUGUUAUUUCAACUUAGAUAUUGCAUGCAUUACAGGUUGGUGGGUAUUCUAUACUUUGCUGCCUAGAACCUUUGCCAACAUGAAUAAAUAUUAAUCUAUGCUUAGGCUGGUGAUAUGUAUACAGUAUCUUCAUGCUAUGUAACAGUUACCCUGGUACAAAAUAGAUCUGCUGUCAGUCAGUAUAUUCUUCUAGGUAGUACAAAUAUCCCUUUGGUUUAGUACACAAGUGAAUUGGCUUGGACUGAUUUUCUGUUAGCAAGAAAGACUUGGUUAAAAAAAUGAAUAUAGACUAGUAAGACCCUCUAUUCCAAAUGGUUUGUAUAAUAGAUGGAGGAUUAGAAAUAUGCAAGUGUACAUGGGCAUUCACUGAAACUUCUACAGAGGGGGGGGGCAACAGAGUAGGUAAGUCAUCAGUAUUGUGGAUUUCCUGGACACAGGCCUGAACCAGGAGAAGAACCUAACCUCUCCCUCUACCCUUCUUUCCUUGCCUUUCCUCUCCAGAAAAUACCCAUGUUAGUGUAGUAGGCAUGCCAGUGUAGGUUCUAUGCAUGGAAUGUAAACCAAGUAGCACACCAUAGCUAAAGUUCACAAACUUCUUUUAAUGGUUACUGAGGUUACUAUACACCUGUUUUACUGUAGUGCUCUUAUUCUAAUCCAUGACUGCUGUCUAAAACAUUUAUAAAUACUGCCAAAAUAAAUGGAAAAAUUUCCUAGGAAAAGCUGGACCACAUCCUGCAGGAAGUGCCAAAUCAGCUAGAUUAUGGUGGCUAUGUAGGCCUGCAGGCUAUGGGCAAAAAUAAGUUUAGUACAUCAGGCAGCCAACAAGAAAAUCUAGCCUUAGGCCUGGAUGCAAGAGCAAAACUAAAACUAGUAACAGGUUGAAGGCACAGGUGUAGAAACGAACUCUAAAUUCACAUGAACAUUCAGUCUCUUCUGCAGCUCUUAUUUCUUUAUUAAUAAAGUACACAUCAGUGUGGUUGCUUUACAUUUCUCAAACAUUACAUGCAGUGCCAAGUCUCCUUGUAUGUUGGAAAACUAAGUUUUCAUGUACAGCAAAAUGUGUAAGGAUUGUCUGGUGUUGCUGGUAUAGUUUUUUUUUUUUUAAUUAGGUGCCUUACAACAGAUCCUCUAUCCUUUAUGUAAUUUUAUGGCAUAAGGCUGGAAGAACUUUAUGAAGUCACUUAGAUUACCAUAGUCUUUCAGGCAACAAAAGGUUCUUCACAAUUUUAGCCAGUUAUUAUAAGCUGAAAAGCAAUGUAGUUUAUUUUUAUAUAGUCUUUCAUCUAUGAAUUGCAUCAUUAAUGUUAGAAGGUAAAAUAUUAAGUCAUUUAGGUUAAAAAAAAAAAUUGCCAUAGCAUUAAACUGCAGUCUCAGCAGUACAAAAUUCCUAUUCUUCUUGCUCCUCCAUAAUGCUGUGGGUUACUGAUAUCAUGGCAGACUCAGCCUCCCUAAAAUAUUGCAGCACAAACCAUCCCGAGGUGCUUGCUUGCUACCAUGCUGCCGAUGAAAACUGGCACUUGCAGCUACAACUCUGACACGACACUGUUCACAUGCUGCAGAAGCAACCUCGGAUAAUCCAACUCGAGGUGUGCAAGUUUGCCACAAUGUCUGUGUUGGUUUGCAACCCGUCCUCCAGGUGGUUCACAUGUUUUCCUACUUGUUACAGUGCAUUUAUUUCUGUAUGAUCUAAGCUGAGAUCAGAAUUAAAUACAGUAAUAAAUAUUCUAGGUUUGAUAAAUAUUCUAAUCAAACCUAGGGGAGUCAAGUCUGGUAAUGGAGGCACAUUGUUACCUAAUAAUUUGAAACAUGCUGAAUAUCUACUAUAUAGGACGAGUUGCAACUUAGCUUGAAGAAGGUAAUUUCACCAGCUGUCAAAGUGCUGGCUUUUGAAGACAUUAUUUUAGCUAAUACUGAACCCAGUACAGUACAUUUUUCACAAUCUUGUGACAUUAAAUAAAAUACAUUACUGCCAUUCUACUGUAAUAUAAAAUAUUACAAUAGAAUGGUGGUGAAAUUAAAGAAAUGGACGGCCGUUGAUGUAUCUGGCGUAUAUAAGAAGAAACUUAACUAAUCAUACACAGGAUAAAUAGGUAGAUAUUGAAUCACUGAAGUACCUAAACAUAAAUCUGUUAGACAUGCACAAAACAGUGCGAUGUUUUUUUCAGCAUGUGUAAGACUCGUAACUACUAUAUAAUGUUAAAUGAGAAAAUUCUUUUAUUUCAUAUAAACAAAUUGUAUGUAUAAGCAUAAAAUAUUUGAGCAGAAAGAUAAAAUUUACUUCAAACUACACUAUUAUAUAUUCAUUGCCAUUCUGAAAGUGGCAUACUGUAUAUUGUCAGAGAAUGGCAAAAAAGGGCUGUAACAAUUAAUGGCAAGUUGCAGUUACUGUACAUCGAAUACAUAGUUAUUCUGAAAUACUGUCCUUGUACAAAUAUAGGUACAGUACAGCAUAUCUGCUUCUUUGAUUGCUGAAAUAUACAACUAAAAUACC